CACCCUCUGACCCGUUGGUCUGCCCCGCCCCCUCCCGUCCAGGAGAACGAGGGGUGGGCGGGGCCUUCUGCGCCAAAGGGGGCGGGCCUCCAGAGCAAAGCCCCCCGUUUCCCUGCGGAGUGGAGGCGCCCGGCCUGGCAGGCAGCGGGAGGGAAGAUGAGCGACGGAGACAAGAACCCGGCCAGCGUGGCCGCGCCGGCGGAAGACCUGCAAGGGGACGGGCGGUGGAUGUCGCUGCAUCACCGCUUCAUCGCGGACAGCAAGGACAAGGAGCCCGAGGUGGUCUUCGUGGGGGACUCGCUGGUGCAGCUGCUCCACCAGUGCGAGGUCUGGCGCGAGCUCUUCUCCCCGCUCCACGCGCUCAACUUCGGCAUCGGCGGCGACGCCACGCAGCACGUCCUCUGGCGCCUCCAGGCCGGGGAGCUCCGGCACAUCCGCCCCAAGAUCGUGGUGGUCUGGGUGGGCACCAACAACCACGGCCACACGGCGGAGCAGGUGACCGGCGGCAUUGAAGCCAUUGUGCGCCUGGUGCGGGAGCAGCAGCCUCAGGCCCAGGUGGUGGUGCUGGGCCUGCUUCCGCGCGGCAAGAGCCCCAACCCGCUGAGGGAGAAGAACCGGCGGGUGAACGAGCUGCUGAGCCAGAAGGUGCCGCUGCUGCCGGGGGCCUUCUUCCUGGACGCCGACCCGGGCUUCGUGCAUUCGGACGGGACCAUCAGCCACCACGACAUGUACGACUACCUGCACCUGACGCGCCACGGCUACGGGCGCCUCUGCCCCGGCCUCCACCGCCUCCUGCGGAGCCUCCUCCAGGGGCAGGAGGGGCACGACCCCUGACCCCACGCGCCCCCUCCGGCCAGUACCCCCCCCCCCCCCCGUGAAAGGGGCUCAAGGCCUGCGGGCAACGGAUGAAUGGGACCAGUUACCUAAUAAAAUGUGUAUGUGAACGUG